ACAAUAUACUAUCGACGGCAGAGAAAAAAUGUCUGAAAACUGACGUGGCUAUAGCACCAAGACUAUACGGACUACCCAAAAUUCAUAAAGAAAAUUUCCCCUUGAGACCUAUAUGCUCAUCGGUUAACUCACCUUCAAUACAAUUAUGCAAAUAUGUGGUAAAUAUUCUAAAAAAUCUGACCAAAAACUCCAAAUACAAUGUAAGUGACUCGAUGCAAUUUAGAGAUAAGAUUAAAAACUUGACGAUUAAAGACGAAGAGCAGAUGGUCUCAUUUGAUGUUGUGUCACUUUUUCCAAGUAUACCUGUGGACCUGGGACUAGAAAUAAUAGAGAAAAGAUGGAACGAAAUUGAGGAAUACACCAAUAUGUCAAAGAGCUUAUUUUUAAGUAUUCUAAAGUUUUGUAUUAAAGAUAAUCGAUAUUUUCAAUAUGAGGGCAGAAUAUACAAACAAAAGAAAGGACUACCUAUGGGUUCACCAGCUUCUCCGAUUGUAGCUGAUAUAGUGAUGGAGAAACUACUUGACACCUGCAUGGAAAAACUUAAGACGAAACCUGUGAUAUUAACAAAGUAUGUAGACGAUUUAUUUAUGAUUGUUGGGGAAAAUGCAAUACAAGAAACAUUGACGACUUUCAAUAAUUUCAACAAAAAUAUUAAAUUUACCAUUGAAAAGGAGCAUAAUGGUUCCAUCCCAUAUCUGGACACACUUGUAAUGAGAAAGGACAAUAAAAUAGAAAUGAACUGGUAUCAAAAACCGACGGCAUCGAGUCGCAUAUUAAAUUUCCACUCGAAACAUCCAAAACAAAUGAUUAUUAACACAGGUAGGAAUCUUAUAAACAGAAUAUUGAAUAUUAGCGACCAUAAAUUCCACGAAACUAAUAAAAACAAAAUACGAAAAAUACUGUCCAAAAACUGUUUUCCAAAAUUAUUAAUUGAAAAAUUAAUAAAUGAAUAUAAUAUACCGAAAUCUAAGGACAAAUCUCAAGAAAAAUAUUACAAAUCAAUGAUUUAUAUUCCUGGAUUAUCUGAGAGAUUCCAAAAUUCCGAUUUAUAUGACAAGGAUAAACUGCAAAUAGCAACACGGACAAACAAUACACUAAAAAGUUUAUUUACUAAUACCAAAAGUAGAAUUCCGUUAAGUGAGAGACACAAUGUAAUAUAUAGCAUUGAAUGUGAUGGAACAAAAGACGAAAAAUGUGGAAAAAUAUAUGUUGGUACCACAAAAAACAAAUUAAAAACUAGAAUAUCGGGACAUAAAUCAGACAUUAAAUUAAGGAGCCAAAACAAUAUUCAAAAAACAGCACUUGCGGAACACUGUAAACUUAACAACCACAUACCAAACUUUGACAAAAUACGAGUAUUACAGGCGGAGAACAACUACAACAGAAGGUUAACAUUGGAGAUGCUGCAUAUAAAUAACAUACCAACAAACAAAAAGAUCAAUUACAAAAGCGACACCGAUAAUGCAGCUUAUUGUUAUCGACACUUGACAAAGAAGAGAUCGUGCAAUACGUAGAAAUAAUCAGUGCAAUAAUAACACCAGACAAUGGUAGUAAAAACUACAUUAGCUGUUAAGUAAAUCUGACAAUUUUAUGUAAAUAUUGCCCCUGAAGAUGCAAUUUGAUAAUUGCGAAAUAUUGGGAACAUAUUAUUGUAAUCAAUAAAAUAAAUCCGAAAAUGGCCUAAAGCUC